AUGAGUGGGUGGCGAAUACGACUACAGAUGGAUGGAAUCGAUUUGGAAGCAAGUUACGGUGGAAAUCCAACUAUUUUUAGUAUAUGCUUGCAUUAUGGAGGAGAGUUUACCAAAUUUCUUGGGAGAAAAUACAUCAAGGGACAACCCAAAUUUGUGGACUUGAUCGACAAUGAUUUGUUCUCUGUUCACGACAUUGAUGAUAUGAUGGAGGAGUUGGGUUGCGUUGAAGAAGGUAAGGUUAUGUAUUAUCAAUUUAAACGACCGUUAGGGGAUUUAGAUUUUAGGUUCUUUGCAUUGGGUAAUGAUCAAGAUGUCAACAACUUAAGAAUAGAAUCCCCUAUUGAAGUUGAAUCUGUGAAAGAACCAAACAUGGAACCCCCUAUUAUGGAACCCUUUAGUGAAGCCCUAGGUGGAUCUAGUGAUGUUGAGGGUAGUGGAGAUUCAAGUGAUAGUGAUGAUAGUGAUUUCAUUGUGGCUGAGGAUAACUUGUUGGAUGAUCCUGAGGUGGACAUGCAUGAUUACUACCUCAACAUUGAUGAUAAUUUAAAGUGGGUUGUUAAUGCCCCUAUUAAAAUAGAGAAUGUAGUAAUGUCUGAUGAGGAGAUGGAAGUGAUCAACACUGAUGUUCUACAAUCUGAUUCAUCAUCUGAUGAAGGGCAAAUGAGUAAAAGAAGAAAUAAAAUUCGGGUUGCUGAAAGGGCACAGAUAAAUGAUGCAACUCAAGUGAGUGACCCUUUCUACAUACUUCAAACAUUCUCAAGAUCUAAGGAACCAAAAGACAUAAUUUACCUGCAUGCAAUAGAGAUAAGAAGAGAAUUAGAUAUUGUCAAGAAUGAUAAAAAUAAGGUCAGGGUAGUAUGUAAAGGAACAAUACCUGAUAUGGGGAUACUUGAGACUUCUGGGAAAGGUGGACCAAGUAAAACUAGUGGGAAAGGUAGGCCAAGUCAAAGGAACAUAAAUGGUGGACCCAGUCAAAUGGGAGAAAAAGGAGGACCAAGUAAAAAAGAAAAGUGCAGUGAAAGUAGAUGA